AUGAACCAAUCUCCGCAUAAAUCCACAAGGCAAAUGUUCACACCAGAAGAGGAUGAUAAAUUAAGAAAAAUCAUCAUGAACAUGAAGUCAAAUAAUUUGCCUUUGAAUUGGAAUAUGAUUUCUGAACAAAUUGGAAGUAAAAAUCAGCGACAAUGCAGAGAUAGAUGGAUAUAUUAUUUAAAUGAAAAAGUUAACCACACACCAUUUACUCCAUAUGAGAACUAUAUGAUUUUGUGGCUGAUCAGUAAGUUCGGAAAAAAGUGGACACAAAUAACACAGUUAUUUCACAAUAAAACUGAUGUUUCAAUCAAAUCUCAGUAUAAAAAGCUUAUUAGAAGAAAUGCAACAUUAGAAAAUGUGUUUACAAUCAGCAAUGCAAAAUAUUAUAAGCAACCCAAAAACCAUCCUGUUAUGUCAAAGAAUUUGCAACAAGACUUCCUUAAAGAAGCAAAUUUUUCGGAACAAGUCGAACAAGAAAGCGAGUUUCUUUUUGGAUGA